GAACCUCUUACUUUUUGCCCAUCGCCCAAUCCCCCACGGUCCAACCACACAAAACACCUUGUCGCCCCCCUUAGGAAGCACACCAGCGACAAGAUGCGAACCUACGACGACACCUUCUCCGGCGAGAGAAUCUACCCUGGCAAGGGUAAGCUCUACGUCCGCGGCGACAGCAAGAUCUUCCGAUUCCAGAACGGCAAGUCGGAGUCCCUCUUCCUGCAACGAAAGAACCCCCGCCGUAUCGCCUGGACCGUCCUCUACCGCCGACAGCACCGCAAGGGUAUCUCUGAGGAGGUUGCCAAGAAGCGAACCCGCCGUGCCGUCAAGUCCCAGCGAGCCAUUGUCGGUGCCUCCCUCGACGUGAUCAAGGAGAAGCGCAACAUCCGACCCGAGGCCCGCUCCGCUGCCCGCGCCCAGGCCAUCAAGGAGAGCAAGGAGAAGAAGCAGGCCGACGCUGCCGCCAAGAAGGCUGAGAAGGCUAAGCUCGCCGCCUCUAAGGGUCAGGCCGGCCGACAAGUCAGCAAGCAGGGUGCCAAGGGCGCUGCCCCCAAGGUUCAGGCGAGAACCCGUUAA